AUGCGCCCACUCACAGAGGAAGAAACGAAGGCACUCUUCGCCAAAUUGGCCAACUACACGGGUGCUUCCCUCAACAACCUCAUCGCGCCGCUCGAGAACGGAGACCGCUAUGUCUUUCGGUUACAAAAGGACCGUGUCUACUAUGUUCUGCUCUCGAUAGCGAACUUGGCGGUUUCGUGUGCGCGAGACAAGCUCUUGUCUAUCGGUAUUUGCUUGGGCAAAUACAGCAAGACGGGCAAGUUCCGCCUGCACAUCACCAGCCUGCCAGUUCUCGCCGCCCAUGCGCGCUACAAGAUCUGGAUCCGACCGAACGGUACCAUGCCCUUCCUCUACGGCGGCAACAUUGUCAAGGCGCACGUCGGACGGUGGUCCGACGACUGCCCCGAGCACCAGGGAGUUGUGGUCUACGACAUGAACGACACGCCCCUGGGAUUCGGCGUCACGGCGCGGUCCACGGCAGAGGCGAGACGCCUGGACCCUACAGGUGUCGUGUGCUUCAGACAGGCGGACUGCGGAGAAUUCUUGAGAGACGAGGAUACCCUUUUCGCCAGCUAG